GGAAUGUAGUGAAGUAAUAGUUGGAAAAAAUUUAAAUAGUAAAGUACAGAUAUCCCAAAAAACUACUUCAGUAGUACUUUAAAGUAUUUUUACUUAAGUACUUUACACCACUGGGACUUUGUCUUGGAUUAUGAGACGCAUCAUAUGACAGAUCCCUGAUAUCAGUUUACAUAAUAGCUACAGCAUUCCUGCAAACGGUCAAACAUAUAGAUUGCUUGUUAUGUUAGCCUGAGUUUGGAUUUUAGAUACAGUUGUUUGUCCAACCCCUUGUCACACCUCUACCAUAACCUGGAUUUGUACUGUAUGACUUUGGAGAGGACGAGUGAGUCAUAGAUGGUGUCUAAAUUGGCAUCAAUAAGCUGAUUAGUAACAGUAUUGUGGGCAUUAUAAACAGCACUGCCUCAAUGUGGUAUUUGGAGGCAUUCAUUAACCAUUGGACCAGACAGUAACUGGGCCUGAAGUGUCCCCUGGUUCUGAAUAUGUGCACAUGAGAUCUGAGUGUGUUUGUGUUAUCAGAGAAUGUUGGUGUCCAGGCCUAUAUUAAUGUGAUGAUAGGUUACAGUUGUACUUGACUGAGAGAGCUAGGUUGUAGCUAUGCGGACGGUGUUGUGGUUUCGCCCCGCAACAAUGUCAACCCUAUUGUUGCCGUUGCUGCUAUUGCUGAGCACCUUAUGCAGGCUGGGACAGUCUAUGUCACGAGAGGAGAAGCUCAAGCUGAGGUGAGUGAGAAAUAUGUCUGGUCCUGGGCUAGAUGUGUGACAGGUUCAGACUGAUAAAGGAGAUUGAGCUAAACUGACUUGUUUUUUCUCUGUUUCCCCUCAAGGAACCAAGUGGUCGAGAUGUUUGACCAUGCUUAUUCCAAUUAUAUGGUAAGUCUCGUCACCACCUGCCUCCUUCACAUAACUGAGAGAGUGGUUUAGCAGCAAUCUAAUAAUGCAAAAACAUUUAGAUGUUCUGUUGUGAUUUACUGGUACUCAUGUUCUGGGUUUGUUGUAAUAUGCUAAAAGCACUGCUCUGCUCCCAUACUUUUAAUUAGUUUCAGCUACAAUAAACAUCUAGGCCUCUUUAGGCCUAAUUUGAGGUCAGUGGGUCUAUUUUGGUAGCUAGACUAAUGCCUGUUUGCUUCCUUCCCCUCUCUGUUUUUCUGUUACCAUGGACUUAUGUGGCUUUGAGCUGGAUGACUGAUAUAUUGACACUAGCUGUUCAUCAAAACACUGACACUUGGCCUAGUGCUUUUGUGUUCCUAAAUCAAAUUAGUAGGCCUGGCCUAGAAGUUAUAUUUACCUCAGCCAUUAAUCAAACAAGCACACAGACCCAAGGUUCAUGUCCUCACAUCAUAAAUGUCCUCAUUUUGCCUUCUGGUUGGACUGUUUUGUACAGGGUCAAGUGCCAUCACAGGCCCCAGGAUGACUAACGCUGUAGCUUCUGUUCAGGGUGCUCACACUAAGCCAGUCUGUCAGCACAGAGCACACAUUGAAAUUCAGUGCUGCUCCAUAGAGAGGGAGUGUGGUGCCAACUGAAACUGUAAAUCACUUUUAUUACAGUGCUAAAUGAAAAGGCUUAAGCCCAACCCCCAUUAAUGCAAUCCAAUUAAUGUGGUGUGGUGUAGCCCAGACAGAAUGCAGUGUGUGGCAAGUGUUUUACAUUUCUGCUUUAUUUGCCAGGAACAGAUUUGAAUAUUGAUUUCGGUGUGGUAGUGUUUUUGCUAGUUGAACCUUAUUUAGACCUACUGUAUGUCAAUUAGAUGUUAAUAAGUUAUGUCUGACAUAUGUUCAACAUUCACACACUACCAUUGAUCCUUAUUGGUUGUGUUCUCCAGGACCAUGCGUACCCAGCAGAUGAGCUGAUGCCGCUGACGUGUCGGGGGAGGGUGCGUGGGCUGGAGCCCAGUCGGGGAGACGUGGAUGAUGCACUGGGGAAGUGAGUGUCUGUCUGUCUGUCUGCAGGCCUGAGUAGGAUGUGGGAACAGGAGAUACAGUCCUGUUGGCAUUGGAAUACUCUGUCUCUGUUGAUAUCUUCUAGCCAUAAGGGACUGUAAUUGAUGCUGAUUGAUUUGUCUUUGUGUGUUUUAAGUUUCUCUCUCACCCUCAUCGACACCUUGGACACUCUAGUGGUAGGUUUAAUCUUUAGUUUGUUUUACCAACCUCCUUAGUUGGAUUUGUUUAACCUAUGUGUAGACGAUGAUUUUCAUUUAUUUAAUUCUGUAUUUACUUACAGCUCUUAAACAAGACGACAGAGUUUGAAGAAGCAGUGAGGAGAGUGUUGACAGAUGUGCGACUGGACAAUGACAUCGUGGUGUCUGUCUUUGAGACCAACAUCCGUGUGCUGGGGUAAGAAAAAACAUAAAGCCAGUUAUUGAGGGGAUGGACAUUUUACAUUUUUUAUUUAACCAGGCAAGUCAAUUAAGAACAAAUUCUUAUUUACAAUAGCCUGGCAAGAGGCCUCCUGUGGGGACGGGGGCUGGGAUAAAACAUCAAACGAUGUAAGACAAAACAGACGACACAGACAGAAGACACUGGCAACAGCACAAAUUCAACAGCAAACAAACUGUGUGUGUGAUGUUGGAACAUUGCUUUGGGGACAAGAGCAUUAGUGAGGUCGGGCACUGAUGUUGGGCGAUUAGGCCUGGCUCGCAGUCGUCGUUCCAAUUCACCCCAAAGGUGUUGGAUGGGGUUGAGGUCAGGGCUCUGUGCAGGCCAGUCAAGUUCUUCCACACCUAUCUCAACAAACCAUUUCUGUAUGGACCUCGCUUUGUGCAUUGACGCAUUGUCAUGCUGAAACAGGAAAGGGCCUUUAGAAUGUAAUUGCAUGCUGUAGCGUUAAGAUUUAACUUCACUGGAACUAAGGGGCCUAGACUGAACCAUGAAAAACAGACCCAGACCUUUAUUCCUCCUCCACCAAACUUUACAGUUGGCACUAUGCAUUCGGGCAGGUAGCGUUCUCCUGGCAUCCGCCAAACCCGGAUUCGUCUGUCGGACUGCCAGAUGGUGAAGCGUGAUUCAUCACUCCAGAGAACGUGUUUCCACUGCUCCAGAGUCCAAUGAUGGUGAGCUUUAUACCACUCCAGCCGAUGCUUGGCAUUGCGCAUGGUGAUCUUAGCCUUGUGUGCGGCUGCUCGGCCAUGGAAACCCAUUUCAUGAAGCUCCCGAUGAACAGUUAUUGUGCUGACGUUGCUUCCAGAGGCAGUUUGGAACUCGGUAGUGAGUGUUGCAACCGAGGACAGAUGAUUUCGCGGCUGAGCCGUUGUUGCUCCUAGACGUUUCCACUUCACAACAGCACUUACAGUUGACCGGGGCAGCUCUAGCAGGGCAGAAAUUUGGCGAACUAACUUGUUGGAAAGGUGGCAUCCUAUGACGGUGCCAUGUUGAAAGUCACUAAGCUCUUCAGUAAGGCCAUUCUACUGCCAAUGUUUGUCUAUGGAGAUUGCAUGGCUGUGUCCACGAUUUUAUGCACCUGUCAGCAACAGGUGUGGCUGAAAUAGCCGGAUCCACUAAUUUGAAGGGUUGUCAACAUACUUUUGCAUAUAUAGUUUAUGUGUGACCGUUGUGACUUUCCUCAUGUUUCCAGAGGGCUGCUAGGGGGACACUCCAUGGCGGUGAUGCUGAAGGAUGCAGGGCAUCACAUGCAGUGGUACCAGGAUGAGCUCCUCCACAUGGCCAAAGACGUGGGUCUCAGACUCCUGCCUGCCUUCAACACCAGCAGUGGCCUGCCCUACCCCAGGGUGAGCCCUCAGACUAUACAUAAGGCCACGGCUGUUGGGAUAUGUCCCGACCAUACACACACACACAUUUUCUGCUUCAGUGCUCUGUUAAUAGCUGCUACAGUUUUCCGCGGCCUGGUUUUCUAUGGCUGUAUAGUUCACCUGAACAAUGUCUUAGGACACAGCUAUGACCAAUAUAUUGAGCCUUAUUAUUCCACUCAACAGGUAAACUUGAGGCAUGGCAUCAGGGGUCCUGAGAGUCGGACGGGCACAGAGACGGACACCUGCACAGCUUGUGCUGGCACAAUUAUCCUGGAGUUCGCUGCCUUGAGUCGCUUCACUGGGGACCCUGUGUUUGAGGUAAAAAUAGACAAUUAUUUAAACCUUGUUCAGAUCAGGACUAAUACUUUAGUAGACUGCACUACUAGACCUUCAUUGUUGAUUAUCAUAGAUGCCAGUGUGUCUGAAUUAUAUUGAUACAUUUUAUUAUACACAGGUCCAUGCACGGAGAGCCCUCGACUUCCUGUGGGAGAAGAGGCAGAGGAAUAGCAACCUGGUGGGAACAACCAUCAACAUCCACUCAGGAGAGUGGGUCCGCAGGGGUGAGCGAGGGAACCAGUCCCAGGCCAUAACGGGUAUCUACUGUAUUAUAAAGGAGGAUUUCCUUGGAUUUAUCCAGAGAAGGACGAUGUAUUGGGUGUGAUAGAAGUGAAUGGGCAAGCUGAUGUUCUGUACUUGUAGAAUUAAGGCAUGAGUGUGUUUCUGAGGUAUGAAACGGUACACUGUUGUGUUGUAUUGUUCCAGACAGCGGAGUGGGAGCAGGGAUCGACUCGUAUUAUGAGUACCUGCUGAAGGCCUAUAUUCUCCUGGGAGAUGACCUGUUUCUGCAGCGCUUCAACAUUGUGAGUGACCUCACACACUGUAACCCUACUCCGGCUUGGAUAAUGGAAUGCUUUUAUGCCCUUAUUAUUAUGGAAUUCAAUCCUCACAAAGUAUGUUGUUAAAGAUUCUCAUCCUCAGCUUGUCAAAUUCUCUCAUUAUUUGUGUUUCCAGCACUAUGCGUCUAUAAUGAAGUACAUCAGCCAGCCUCCUCUCCUGCUGGACGUUCACAUCCACAAGCCUCUGCUGCCUGCUCGCACCUGGAUGGACUCCCUCCUGGCCUUCUUCCCUGGGCUGCAGGUGACUGGCGUCACUAACUGACCAGCUGCCUAAGCAGGGGUUUUAGUACAUAGAGAUGGUGCUGAGACAAAUUAAGACUUUUACUUUCCACCUAACAUUGUUAAUGAAUCCCCCAGGUGUUGAAGGGAGAUAUCCGGCCGGCCAUUGAGACCCAUGAGAUGCUGUAUCAAGUCACCAAGAAACACAACUUCCUCCCAGAGGUAAGCUCUCUUUUAUGCUCCAUCUCUCUUUCUUUGUUCUCAGUCAGGCUGUAACCUUUAACACCCCUCUCUGUGUGUUCCCCAGGCAUUCACCACUGAUUUCAGGGUACAUUGGGCUCAGCAUCCACUAAGACCUGAGUUUGCAGAGAGUACCUAUUUCCUGUACAAGGUAAGGACUGUGGAGACAUGCAGUUUAGAAGUUGACAUACCGGUACAUACAUACAUUCAUGACUGUAAGUCGCUUUGGAUAAAAGUGUCUGCUAAAUGGCAUAUUAUAUAUUAUAUAUCAAUUUGCUCUCAGGGGCCUUCCUUAUUGCCUAAUUCAGUAGUACAGUGUCUAACCUUGGUCCCACUGUACCCCCUUCUAGGCUACCAAAGACCCCUACUACCUGGAGGUAGGCCGCACGGUGCUGGACAACCUGAACCGCUUUGCCCGGGUCCCCUGUGGCUUUGCUGCCAUGAAGGACGUUCGCACCGGGAGCCACGAGGACCGGUGAGAGCCCAGACCCAGGGGAAUACCUCAGGGAUGGGGAGGGAUUUAAUGAUGGGUGGUUAACAGAGGUGGAUGAUUUUAGUGGCUGAGCAACAGUGUGCCAGCCAGGUAGUUAAAUCAAAAUGGUUUAUGUGGUGUCUGCCCUGCUGGCCUGCUGCCCCAAAUAUCACUAAUCCUCUUUCCUCCCCUCUCAGAAUGGACUCCUUCUUCCUGGCAGAGAUGUUCAAGUACCUGUUCCUGCUGUUUGCAGAAGAGGAAGAUCUGCCGUUUAAUGUUGAGGACUAUAUCUUCACCACCGAGGCACACCUUCUGCCCCUGUCCCUGUCCACUGCCCCUCGCGCCCCCUCUCCUCCUGCCAACACCACAGUACAGGCUGCAUCUCUGCCUCAUCUCUCCGCCUGUGUCAAAUCUCUUUGGGUGGGUAUAGUAGGAUCAACUGCUGUGAUCAGCUAGAAUUCUAAUGAUAGUACUUCUAAUAAUAUUCAGAUGAUACAGUUAGUCAUGUUUGAUCUCUCCCCCUCUGUCUUAGUCAGAGGAAGAGCUGGAUGACUCUAACUUUGAUUGGACCUGCCCCAACACACGCCUCCUUUUCCCCGACCCCGCCUUCCCACAGAACCUCAGAGAUCCAAUCAGGAGUGCUGUGGACAAGAGUUGUCCCCGUCCUGCCAUUCACCGGUAAGGGACAUUUAUAUAAUAAUAAUAAAUAAUAAUAUGCCAUUUAGCAGACGCUUUUAUCCAAAGCGACUUACAGUCGUGCGUGCAUACAUUUUUUGUGUAUGGGUGGUCCCGGGGAUCGAACCCACUACCUUGGCGUUACAAGCGCCGUGCUCUACCAGCUGAGACACUCCCCUAUGUAUUUAUUUGGACAGUGAAGCUAAAACUUUUAAUUUGGCUCUAUUCUCCAGUAUUUUGGAUUUGAGAUCAAAUGUUUAAUAAUGCGACAGUACAGAAUGUCAUAUUUUAUUUGAGUGUCUUUUCAUACAUAUCUGUUUUAUCGUUUACAAAUGAAUGCACUUUAUGUGCACUAUAAAUACAAAAGUAUGUGGACACUCCUUCAAAUUGGUGGAUUCGGCUAUUUCAGCCACACCCGUUGCUGACGUGUAAAAUCAAGCACACAGCCAUGCAAUCUCCAUAGACAAACAUUGGCAGUAGAAUGGCCUUACUGAAGAGCUCAGUGACUUUCAACGUGGCACUGUCAUAGGAUGCCACCUUUCCAACAAGUCAGUUCGUCAAAUUUCUGCCCUGCUAGAGCUGCCCCGCUCAACUGUAAGUGCUGUUAUUGUGAAGUGGAAACGUCUAGGAGCAACAACAGCUCCGCCGUGAAGUGGUAGGCCACACAAGCUCACAGAAUGGGACUGCCAAGUGCUGAAGCUCGUAGCGCGUAAAAAUCGUCUGUCCUCGGUUGCAACACUCAAUACCGAGUUCCAAACUGCCUCUGGAAGUAAAGUCAGCACAAUAACUGUUCGUCGGGGAGCUUCAUGAAAUGGGUUUCCAUGGCCGAGCAGCUGCACACAAGCCUAAGAUCACAAUGCACAAUGCCAAGCGUCGGCUGGAGUGGUAUAAAGUUCGCCGCCAUUGGACUCGGGAGCAGUGGAAACACGUUCUCUGGAGUGAUUAAUCACGCUUCACUAUCUGGCAGUCCAACAGAUGAAUCUGGGUUUGGCAGAUUCCAGGAGAACGCUACCUGCCCGAAUGCAUAGUGCCAACUGUAAAGUUUGGUGGAGGAGGAAUAAUGGUCUGGGGCUGUUUUUCAUGGUUCAGGCUAGGCCCCUUAGUUCCAGUGAAGGGAAAUCUUAAAGCUAUAGCGUACAAUGACAUUCUAGACGAUUCUGUGUAUCCAACUUUGUGGCAAGAGUUUGGGGAAGGCCCUUUCCUGUUUCAGCAUGACAAUGCCCCUGUGCACAAAGCAAGGUCCAUACAGAAAUGGUUUGUUGAGAUCGGUGUGGAAGAACUUGACUGUCCUGCACAGAGCCCUGACCUCGACCCCAUCGAACACCUUUGGGAUAAAUUGGAACACCGACUGUGAGCCAGGCCUAAUCGCCCAACAUCAGUGCCUGGCCUCACUAAUGCUCUUGUGGCUGAAUGGAAGCCAGUCCCCGCAGCAAUGUUCCAACAUCUAGUGGAAAGCCUUCCCAGAAGAGUGGAGGCUGUUAUAGCAGCAAAGGGGGGACCAACUCCAUAUUAAUGCCCAUGAUUUUGGAAUGAGAUGUUUGACGAGCAGGUGUCCACAUACCUUUGGUCAUGUAGUGUAUCUACUCCCCCCAUUUGAAGGUGUCGAAUGUAUUUGGACAAAUUCACUUAUAGUGUAUUACAUUCACUUAUAGUGUAUUUAGUCAAGUUUAGUAUUUGGUCCCAUAUUCCUAGCAUGCAAUGACUACAUCAAGCUCUACAAACUUGUUGGAUGCAUUUGCUGUUUGUUUUGGUUGUGUUUCAGAUUAUUUUGUGCCCAAUAGAAAUGUAUGGUAAAUAAUGUAUUGUGUCAUUUUGGAGUCACUUUUAUUGUAAAUAAGAAUAAAUAAUGUUUCUGAAUACUUCUACAUUAAUGUGGAUACUGCCAUGAUUACAGAUAAUAAUGAAGGAAUCGUGAAUAAUGGUGAGUGAGAAAGUUACAGAUGCACGAAGAUCAUGCCCCAAAACAUUCUAACCUCUCACCAUUACCAAUAAAAGGGGAGGUUAGCAUUUUUGGGGGAUAUGAUAUUUAUGCCUCUAACUUUCUCACUCAUCAUUAUUCACGAUUCCUUCAUGAUUAUCCGUAAUCAUGGUACUACCCACAUGAAUGUAGAAGUCUUCAGAAACAUAUUCUAUUCUUAGAAUAAAUGCUGGAGUAUAGAGGCAAAACGUUUUAGCUUCACUGUCUAAAUAUAUACAUAGGGGAGUGUAUGUCUAACAUGAGGAAUCAUGUUAAAAGUGCUUUUUGUACUAAAAUAUGACAGAAUAUUGUUCUUGUCACAACCAUAGUGAGUGUGAACAUUGAUGCCCCCUUCCCCCUUCCACCCUCUCUUCCAGUGAGCCAGGGAUGGGUCGCCCCCCUCUGAGGGCUCAGGACUUCAUGGCCAACAACCCCGACCACCUGGAGCUGCUGAGGAGGAUGGGAGUCAGUCUUAUACACCUUAAGGACGGCAGAGUGCAGCUGGUCCAACACGCUACACAGGUAAAUGAUUCAUGCACAGUACAAGCCGGGAGAGUGAUAUCAUAAGACCACUGCCAACCCCCCAUAUGAGUCUUACUCAGUCUCUUCCCCUACUCUUUCUAUCUAUAAUAUAUAAUAUGCCAUUUAGCAGACGCUUUUAUCCAAAGCGACUUACAGUCAUGUGUGCAUACAUUUUUACGUAUGGGUGGUCCCGGGGAUCGAACCCACUACCCUGGCGUUACAAGCGCCAUGCUCUACCAAUUGAGCUACAGAGGACUGUCCUUUCUCCAUCUCCUUUCCGCUCUCUCCCCUUCCCUCGAUCUCUCUCUAGGCGGUCAGUGCUGUGGCAGCAGAGGACGGGAUGCGCUUCAUGCAGGAGAUGAUGGAGCUGUCCAGCCAGCAGCAGAAGGAGCAGCUCCCUCCGCGCGCCGUGCAGAUCGUCUCCCACCCCUUCUCCGGCAGAGUGGUGCUGACCUCUGGCCCAGCGCAGUUUGGCACGGACCUUUCCAAGAGCAUCACGGGGGUGAGUGUGUUUCUUCAGUGGGCCAAUUUCCAAUGGAUGGGCACCUGUGCUUGUUGGUUUUUCCAGCCUUGUCCCAAGGCGUCAGACGUUCUUUAUUCUCGGCAUUCUGAGUGACGUUUGAACAUGCCCCCCCCCCCCCCCCCCCCUCUUUCUCUCCAUCUGUCUGUAGGUUCGUGGGUUUGUGACAGUGGCUGAGCCCUACAGUGGCUGUGCAGAACUGAGCAACGCUGCCUUUGUACAGGGCCGCAUUGCUCUGCUGCAGCGGGGCCAGUGUAUGUUUGCUGAGAAGGCCAGACACAUCAUGAAGGCUGGGGCCAUCGGAGGCAUCGUCAUCGGUGAGGAGGACCAACUGACACAAGAUCUCAAUUUGAAUUAAUCUACUUCAAGAAGGCUGCACUAACUAACCUUCUAACCUUUAUAAAUGUUCAUAACACUUUCAUUAUGUUUUAUAUAACCUUUAAUAAACUGAUGUAUUACCAUUUAUAGGAUCCUCUUUAACCUUGCUAAUUCCCCCCCUCCUCCACAGAUGACAACGAGGGUAGCAGCAGUGACACGGCUCCCCUCUUCCAGAUGGCCGGCGACGGCCGCAACACAGACGAUGUCACUUUGCCCCUCCUCUUCCUCUUCUACAAGGAAGGCAACAUCCUGCUGGAGGCUCUCAAGGAGUACAGGGAGGUGGAGGUUCUGCUGAGCGACAAGGCCAGAGACAGAGGUUAGAUCCACUGUACAGGGCAGGUGGACAUUAGUGACUAGAGGAAGACAGGACAGUGGGUCUUUCCAGCAUAUGGAUCGUUUUUGGGGAUUUCAGCCGAUUAGGGACUAUAUUUGAUUCUGUAAAGAUCUCAAAAUGGACAGUAUUUCAGGGUUCAGUGUUGACCCAAAAUAGUGGGCCUGUGGCCACUUUACGGUACUAGCCUUAGUGGAGGUAGGUGAUGGUAAGCACCCAGUUUGAUGUGUGAUACAGGAAACUGCUCCCUUCUUUCCAUUUUCUUUCCUUCUCCUCCUUCUCUCCUUCUCUGUGGUGGACUGUAACAGUGUAACUUUCAUUUUAUCUCUUUCUUUCCCCUUCACCCUUUGGCUGAGCAGCCUCUAUAUUCAAAAGUAAACCUCUCCCUGGCAUCCUGCUGGAAAGCAGUAAGUAUUGCCCUCCACUCUCUUUCCUCUCUCCUCCAUUAUUUGUGUGGUAGAGCAGCUCAGUGCAGGUUAGUCUUGUGUAAAUAGCUGGCCAUGUCAGAACUCCUCAGGAGAAUGGUACUGUUGGUCUGUUCUGCACAUGACUCAUCAGUGCCAUUCUGUUUAUUGUUCGCUACCUUGUGUGAACUGCAACACUGCCCUGUUUCUGUCUGGGAAUGACUGAUAGGUGCUUGUGUUAAUGUACAUGCAUAGUGAGUAGGAAAUGGUGUAUGACUGCGUAUGUAUUGGUAAUACUAGGAAACUAUAUGGAUGAUUUAUUGUGGUGGAAAGUGGUCUGAAAAUGGACUGAGCUCACCCCUCUGUCCUUACUCAGGGAGGGAUAUUCAGGAGGAGGAGGAAGACUGUUCAACAGACCAAACUUCACCUGUCCCCGCCGCAACUCUCGACCAGUCGUACGUGAGGACUGUGGAGCUGGACGAAUCAGCUCCCCACAAUGAGGAAGUGACUCCUGAGGAGGAUGUGGGACCUGCCAUUAAGAGGAACCCUGAGCCAGAGGAGGAGCCUGCAGUUGACAAGGACUCUAGCAGAAAAUCAGUGGAGGCCAUGAUGGCUGAUUGGCGGGAGGACUUAGAAGCGUUUCAGCAGAUGGAGGAUGAGCUUUGACAACUUCCACAGUUCCUCCUCUGGUCUGUCCCAGCCACAGUACAGGCCUGGGGUCAGCGGACUGUGCCUCAUAAAGGAUAAGGUUUUAGUGGGGAGAUGUUCUGAUAAGGAACGGUUAACAGGGUGGAAUACAGUGACUUCUGCUCUUUCUCUCUCCACCUGUCUCUAGUUUCUCAGGUCAACGUGCCAGUUGCUCCCCUGGCGUUCAUCUGCCCCUGUCAGAUCUCUGAUUCUGGGGGUCUACUCAGCCAAUCUCUAUUAGCUCAUAACCGAAUAGACUGCAGCCCAGAUAUCUACUGUCUGGCAGCAUGGACCUCUCUGAUCAACUCUCACUAUUUUCUGGUCUUGUCUUAUUUUCACAUAUUGUCUUCCUCCAAAUGCAUUUCUAGGUCACUGACAUAUGGGAGCAGAUUCCAAAUGCUGGUUGAAUAAUAAUCCACUGACUGACUGACUGAUUGGUUUAUUUAACUGUAAUGAUUAACUGAUAAGUUGUUGGAACAUUUACUAUUUUAUUUUGUGGCCGUAAUUUGUGGGGUCAAUAUUAAACUACCUGACUGUGAGGGACUGCAGUGAGAAGCAGUCUAAAAAAGGCUAGUGCUGAGAAUCACUUAGCACUGGCGCUCUCCAGAAAGAUACAAAGUUAUGUGUGACUGUAAAUAUGUAUUUGUCAGUUAUUUCCACAAUGGUUUGAAAUACAGUGCUGCUUUGCUCAGGUUCUGGUUGGUAUGAGAGAUCACCCUUCUGUUCCACAUGGGAUGAACAUGCCCUACCCUAGAGGGCAGACGGUACCACCAGCUGGCCAGCAGAGGGGAUCCUUGUUUGAGGCAUCUUACUGGUCUGACUGGAACUUGUUUACGUACUGGAAGACCAAGCAAACAAAAAAGCCAACCACAUAAUGAACUUUAAUAAAAAAUUGAUAAGGAAAUUAAAAA